ACGAAUAGAGCGGUUUCUCUGCCUUGUGUCUUUCCUCUGUCCUGUGGUCUGCGGUGGCCGCAGCUGCGGCGCGCGGUGAUGGAGUUCACAUCUAAAAAGACGGCUUCGCUUGCCCUCCUCUGCCUCAAGCUCUCCUGCCUCCUCCUCCUUCUUCUUCUUCCCCGGUCUUCCUCUGCUGCGCCUCUGUCCAGAAGCCUGUCGCUGACGAGGAACCGCCUGCAGCCCGCGGAUGACCCUGCUCCGGAGGUUCCCGCUCCCGCCCAGCAGGGUGCGGGUGCUGGUGCUGGUGCGGUGGGAGCUCGAGACCCCGGCGGCGAGGUGGCGGUGAGGAUGGACAUCGAGGUCAACGACUACCCUGGGUCCGGUGCCAACAACCGCCAUGAACCGAGAAGCCCUGGGAGGCCAUGACCAUGAGGUUUGAAGGCUUGAAGCUAGCGUACGUCUCAGACAGGAAUCAGGAAUGAAGACCAUGGCAUGGAGCUGCUGCUGCUGUCUUGAGAGUUUUAUAAGUAGCGAAGCGAAGGAGAGUACAUUGCUUGUUGUUAGCUAUAGAGGUCAAGGGAGAGCCUUAUCGUGUAUUUAAUUAGCUUGUUAA